GCUGCUCUCUGCCCCCCGCUCCUCGCCACCAGUCGGAGAAAGUUUUCCACGCAGGGAUGGAGGUGAUUACCCGCCGCUAGCAGAGAGGGAAGAGGGCUGAGCCUUGAAGCUGCCGGGGGAACUUGAAGAGAGCAGGGGGAGGAGGAGGAGAAGAAGGAUUGAUAUAACAAGAGAGGGCUGUCGAUGCGCAGCGCAAUUCUCACUCACUCCAAGUCUUUGAACCAAGAGCGAUAAAAAGGGGAGCGGGCUUUCCAUUCAUUUCGAGCGGAGGCAACUUUUUCUUUCUUGAGUCCGUGGCGCGGGUCCGUUCACCAGAUAAUACUCAACAGCCUACUAUUUCAAACAAAAUCUAUAUAUAUAUAAAGGUGAACCACGAGACAACAUCAGCAGAUCUGAAACUUUACGACACCUCCGAGUUGGGAAGUUUGUUUCUCGUUGCAUGACAAUAUUUUGAUAUAUAUAUAUUUUUUUUUUAAAAGGACUUGAGAACCUGACAGACUUUCUUCACCUACCGCGUGGUGUGGGAUUUUUGAGCCGAAUCGGGGGGGACUUCUCAAAUGCAAAAGUACGUGUAUGAGAAAGCAAUGGCACAAGAGACAAGGAACGGAGGAAGCUCUACGUUAAAUAACAACAAUGGUGUUGACAACAGUAAGAAGAAGCUGCUGAUAGCGCUCGACAUCUUCUGCCUUCUACUUGCUAGCCUGCCUUUCCUGAUCAUUGAGACUAGCACCAUAAAGCCGUACCAGCGCGGGUUUUACUGUUCGGACGAGUCCAUCCGCUUCCCCCGAAAAGAGGGAGACACCAUUAGCGAUGCCGUGCUUUGUGGUGUUGGCAUUCUUAUUGCCAUCUUCUCUAUUGUGAUUGGAGAGUGCUUCAGGAUUCACCAACUACAUGAGGGAACCAAGUCUUUCGUCGGGAAUCCCUAUGUUGCAGCCCUCUACAAGCAGAUGGGUGUGUUUCUCUUCGGAUGUGCCGUCAGCCAGUCAUUUACAGACAUUGCCAAGGUGUCGGUGGGCCGUAUGAGGCCCCACUUCUUAGAUGUGUGUAAACCCGAUUUCUCCACCAUCAACUGUUCACUGGGAUACAUCACCAACUAUACCUGCAGUGGCGCAGAGAGCGAUGUACAGGAGGCCAGGAAAUCCUUCUUCUCAGGACAUGCCUCUUUUUCAAUGUUUACCAUGCUCUACUUGGCUUUCUAUCUCCAGUCCAGGUUUUCAUGGCGUGGCGCUCGUCUCCUCCGCCCGCUGCUCCAGUUCACCCUGUUGAUGAUGGCCUUUUACACCGGCCUGUCCCGCAUCUCCGACCACAAGCACCACCCGACCGAUGUCCUUGCGGGCUUUGUGCAGGGAGCCCUGGUGGCCUACUGCAUAGUGUUCUACGUGUCCGACCUGUUCAAGCCCAGGGUGAAGCCAGCCACUCCCCCGCCCUCCCCCAUCAAGAAGGAGCUGCUCCCUUCGUCCGACAUCAUCGAGAGGAACAACCACCACAACAUGGUGUGAGAGAAGGCCGCGACCGAGGAGCCAAUCGCAGCGCCGCUCGCCUCCCAUCGGACAGUAGAAUGUAGCGACGAGAGACUGUAGCUGCGUCUCAAAUGGCACCCUCCUCCCUUUUGCAACGCCCAGCAGGGGCGCUCACUCCGUGGACUAGGGUGUCCGAUUUGAGAUUUUGCACAGCAGAGUCCACUCUCACUAUCCAGACUUAUUAUGUACCAUUAUGUUAACUACUAAUCAACAUUUGAGCCCAUCGUUUUUUGAGCACAAACCGAUAAGAAUUGGAAGACUAAAAGACAAAAUGAUUUAAGAAAUUGAUGACUUUGACAGGCAGAGCUAAAGGGUGUGGAGGUCUGAUGGAAGUGUUGACCACAAGAAAUGAAAAAACUUGUGAACAAAAAUUAAUGAAUGAAUGAAAAAAAAAAAAAAA